AUGCCGCCGAAUGCCUGCAUGGUACACUUACUCGCCAGUAGAAGCGACGGCGAGGAGACAGACCUUCCUAUAGCGGUCCCUUUUUUUUUUUUCCUUUUUUUCCUUUUUUUACUCUCUCUCUUCUCUUUUUUUUGCUUUUCUUUGCUUCUUUUUUUUCCCUUUUUUUAUUUCCCUUUUUUUUUUUAUUUCUCUUUCUUCCUUUUCUUCUUCUUCGUCUUUUCUGAUAGCAAAGAAAAAAAGGGCGAGCGUCAAACGUCGUCGAGUCGAGAGCAGCAAAGAAGAACAUCCAGCGUCUCGAGCAGCGCCCAUCUCUUCUUCUACUUCUUCAUCUUCAUCUUCAUCUUCUCUUCUACUACUUAUCAUCUUCUCCUCUUCAUCUUCUACUUAUCUUCGUCUUGUCGCCUCCUCGAAAAGGAGUUAAGAAGCUGUCCUUUUGCUUUUUCCUCCUCGCCGUCGCUUCUCAACUGCUGCAACCACCGACUCGAACUCUUUGCUGCGAUCUCUCGUUUCUUCUUUCUUUUUGGCCCUUCUUCUGACUUGACGUCCUUCUAUAUCUCUUCACUUCGUUCUCUUCUCUUUUUCUUCGGCCUGUCGAGAAUCCGUCUAGAAGAGAGGGAGUCUCCAGCGUUGUCGUUCUUCCUCCUCUUCGUCGUUGUCGUUGUCGCCGUCGUCUGUUCCGAAGCCGCCCCCCUUACGCUGCUGCGUCGUCGUCGUCGUCUUUCUUCUUCUUCUUCUUCUUCUUCUUCUCCUCCGGUUGUUACGACUACUCUCAACACAUCAUGGCCUCACGAAGCCAUUUCGUCGACGAAUAUGACCCUACAAUUGAAGGUGCCUUUUUUCCCCUUUCCUUCCUCCUCUCUUCUUAUUCUUCAUCGUCUUCAUCGUCUCUGUCUUCGUCUUCGUCUUCGUCUUCUUCCUCUUGUUCCGUACAUAGACUCAUCCGUCACAGAUUCAUACAGAAAGCAAUGCGUCAUCGACGACGAGGUCGCCCUGCUAGACGUGCUCGAUACCGCCGGUCAGGAAGAGUACUCGGCCAUGAGAGAACAGUACAUGCGAACCGGCGAGGGCUUCCUGCUCGUCUACUCCAUCACCUCUCGGCAGUCGUUUGAGGAAAUCAUCACGUUCCAGCAGCAGAUACUCCGAGUCAAGGACAAGGACUACUUCCCCAUCAUCCUCGUAGGCAACAAGUGCGACUUGGAAAAGGAGCGAGAAGUCUCACAAGAGGAUGGCGAAAAACUAGCACGGAGCUUUGGAUGCAAGUUCAUCGAGACAUCAGCCAAGUCACGCAUCAACGUCGACAACGCCUUUUACGAUAUCGUUCGAGAAAUCCGCCGAUACAACAAAGAAAUGUCAUCCUACUCAUCCGGUGGCGGUGGGUUCGGAUCCCGAGGCCCAGAGGGCAAGGUGGACGUCGACGACCAUGGCGACCAGGCCGGCUGCUGCGCCAAGUGCAUUAUCAUGUAA